CCUAUUUAAAUCAAUGUGAUAAACGAGUCAGAGCAAAAGUAAUCUAAAAGUAGUCCGAUUACAUUACCAAAAAUGUGUAAUGGAUUACAUUACUACCAACACAUUUUUAUCACGUAAUCUGUAAUCAGUAACUAAUCUACCCAGCUCUGCUUCAUACACAAUUAUCAGGUGUUAUGUUGUCUAAUCGUACAGUAAUACUCUCAGAUUGUGUAUAAGAUCAUCAAAUGAGCAGCGAACUGAUGAUCCGUGAUUUUAUUCCCAUAUGAAUUGAAUCGAUUUCUUAAAGGAGUUGAAGUACGGAUUGAAAAUUCUAAGGGAAGAGUGUUUGUCAUGAAAGUUAUGUCACAAUACAUAAUAUGUUUUUUGAGAUUCCCCCAGCCUUAAAUGCAUGGUUCUUGUGUUGCUCCCAGAUCUUGGCCAGUCUGUUCUAUCUGUACUUCAUCUUGGUGCGAUUGUGCAUCCCUGUGUUCACAAACAAGAGCAACCAGCCCUUCAGUACACGGACAUUCAUCCUGGCGCUCUUCCACGCCGCGUUUCCAGGGAUGCUCAUGUUAAUGCUGGGUUUCUACGCAUUUCUGCACUGCUGGCUCAAUGCUUUUGCGGAGAUGCUGCGUUUCGCUGACCGCAUGUUUUACAGAGACUGGUGGAACUCGACGUCCUUCGCUAAUUACUAUCGCACUUGGAACAUCGUCGUACACGACUGGCUUUAUUACUACAGCUACAGAGACUUCCUCUGGCUGACGGGUCAUAAGCUCCGAUCGGUCGCCACGCUGUCUGUUUUUGCUGUUUCUGCAUUAGUUCAUGAAUACGCCUUCACCUUAGGCUUCGGAUUCUUCUACCCGGUGAUGUUCUGCACGUUCGCGGGCAUCGGUGGUAAGAAAACGAGAGAUCCUAGUGUGAAACAUACAAAAUAUAAUUAUGAACAUUGCAUUAACAGUGAAUGAGAUUCAAAAAGAAUUAAAACAAGUCAUGCACAGUUUGAUUUAUAGAGCCAAGUGAACUUUGUUCCAGCUAG